UUUUUCCGGCUUCCUCUUCGUCUCUAGCCUCCGCAGACAUGGCUGCCUUCGAGCAGAUGCGGGCGAGCGUCGGGAAGCUGCUGAAGGGCAUCGACAGGUACAACCCAGAAAAUCUCGUCACUCUGCAGCACUACGUGGAGACCCAGGCCAAAGAGAAUGCCUAUGACUUGGAGGCCAACUUGGCUGUGCUCAAACUGUAUCAGUUUAAUCCUAACUUAUUCCAGGUCUCGGUGACUGCCCAGAUUCUCCUCAAAGCACUGACCAACCUGCCUCACACAGAUUUCACACUCUGCAAGUGCAUGAUUGACCAGGCUCGCCAAGAGGAGAGCCCGAUCCGUCAGAUCUUAUACCUGGGGGAAUUGUUGGAGAACUGUCAUUUUCAGGCUUUCUGGCAAGCUCUGGAUAAGAAUAUGAAACUCCUAGAUGGGAUCAUCGGAUUUGAAGAUUCAGUUAGGAAAUUCAUUUGUCACGUAGUUGGGAUCACAUACCAGCACAUUGACCGAUGGCUUCUGGCCAAAAUGUUGGGCGAUCUAACAGAUAAUCAGCUGAAGUCUUGGAUGAGCAAAUAUGGCUGGGUAGAAACAGAACCCGGGACAAUAUUCAUUUCAAACCAGGAAGAGAACAUCAAGCCUAAAAACAUUGUGGAGAAAAUAGACUUUGACAGUGUUUCCAGUAUCAUGGCUUCUUCCCAAUGACCCCUUAUCCGCCAUACUAAUUUCAGCCCCAUUUUUUAAAAGGUGUUUAUUAAAACCAAUAAACAGCUGUUUGAUUUGCCAGUGGUGCGCAUAGCUGUCUGGCUUCCUGGAUUCUAUCAGGCAUGGGCAAUUUGAUUUGCUGUAUGUUUUUUU